GUGCGCAUUUGAAGCUGCGAAAGUACGUGUUCAAACUCAAUCUGGUUUCGCAAGAGGCCUUUGUGAUGGGCUCCCAAAAUUUGUCAAAUCUGAAGGAGUUUUGGGGCUGUACAAGGGAUUAGUGCCUCUAUGUAGCAGCUAUAUGAGGAGCUGUUUCCAAACUUCAAAUGAUGGUUCUUUUAUCGCUUCAGUUCACAGAAACGCAUUAUGCAGGCAUGUGACUUCCCUUUGAUUUAUUUAAUAAAGGGAUUUGUUUGUUUUGUUUGUAAAAAUUGUUGGUAUUAUUUAUAUCCUUUAGAUUUUAGACAAGGAAGCAGUGGAGGAGGUGAAAGGACAAAGAGAAAUGCCUGAUAUAAAGCCGGGUUAUAUUGUGCAGCUCAAAGUGGAAGUGCCAGAGAACAAGAGGCGUGUUUCUAUUAUAAAAGGGAUUGUUAUUGUAAGGCGUAAUGCUGGACUCAAUUCUACUUUCAGAAUUAGAAGGAUGGUAGCUGGGGUUGGGAUUGAGUCUUUAUUCCCACUGUAUUCACCUAACAUAAAGGAGAUAAAGGUGCUGGACAAGAAGAAAGUGAGAAGAGAAGAGCCAAGCUCUACUACCUGAGGGAUAAAAUGAAUGCACUUAGAUAAAUACACUUAUUCUCGUUCAUCCUGAAAGUUGGAAUCCAAUGUGGUCUGCAUCAAGGUCAGAGUGUGCACAUUUUGUAGUUUGUCACUCAAGUUUUUAUAUUUAGUUUUGGUUCAGGUUUAUUAGAUGUAUAAUGUACUUAGUCAAUCAUAUACUGAUGCUAUUGCCAUUGAU